AACCACCAUAUAUACCCUAUUUCAUUUUUCACUGUCUGUGGCUUUGGCAGUGUCUCCUUUUCUUCCACCAAGUGUGUCUUGUCCUCUUCUUCCUCCUCUCAAUAGCUUGUGAACUGAAAAAAACACCAAGAUGUCUGAGAAAAAGAUGACCUCCAGCCGCAGGCAUCAUCUGAAGAGCUUGAUUCUUCAGAUCGCUCUGAACUGGAUCGAGGAGGAGAAAAAAGAAAAAGUAGCGACAAAGGAGGCCUACAUGCGUGACAACUGUCCUGCCCCCGAGAUGAGUGGAGACCAGGCCGCUCUCAUGGAGGUCUGCAAGAAGCUCCAAGCCCUCAUUGACAAGGUCGAUGAGGAGAGGUAUGAUGCAGAGGCCAAGGUGCAGAAGGCCGACAAGGAGAUUGAAGACCUGAAGAUCAAAGUGGUGGACCUGAGAGGUGUGAAAAAACCCGCUCUGAAGAAGGUUCGUAUGUCUGCUGACUCAAUGCUGCAGGCUCUGCUGGGCUCCAAACACAAGGUGACCAUGGACUUGAGGUCCAACCUGAAGCAGGUGAAGAAGGAGGUGAAAGAGGAGACUACAGAUACAGUUGGGGACUGGCGUAAGAACAUUGAGGACAAGGCUGACAGGAAGAAGAUGUUCGAGACCUCCUAAACCUACUGCUGCUGUUUGUUGUUCCCUUUAUAUGAACUCCACGUGUCUAAUAUCUGUUGGCUGAAACAAGUGGCUUAUUUUUAUUUUUAUUUUUUCAGUUAAAUCAUGGCGCAGGUUUUAGGUUUUCAGCAUGUAUGAGAGGAGUCACUCUUAUGGUAUCUGAAGGUUUUUUUGCACUUUGUUUUGUCUGGACAGAAGGGGAGGAAUGAAAUUUCGAGAGUUUCUGCAGGUUCACACAGCAACAAGUCUUAAACUCCACGCAUUCAAGGAAACAUUCACACAAACCCAACCAUGAUGAACAAACCCAAUAAAGUAAUUUGUGGAAGAAAA